AUGAACUGCAUCAGCUCCCGGUGCCUGCCCGGCUGCGAGGUGGCCUGUCCCGAGCCCUGUGCCUACAGCAGAGGCCUCGGGCCCUGUGUGGCCUCCUGUGGGGACUCCACGGCCCUCGUCUACGCCCCGCCCGUGUGGAUCACCUUUCCCGGCCCCAUCCUGAGCUCCUGCCCCCAGGAAAGCAUCGUGGCCUCAUCCCUGCCCCAGCCCUCCGGUGGCUCCUCAUACGGCUCAGGGAUGGGAGGCUCCUCUGGUGGCCUGUCAAGAAUUGGGGGCUCCUAUGGAUCUGGGGGCUCCUAUGGAUCUGGGGGCUCCUAUGGUUCUGGGGGCUCCUAUGGUUCUGGGGGCUCCUAUGGAUGUGGGAGCUCUUCCGUGGGUGUCUCAGGAAGGGGGGGUUCCUCUGGAUGUGGGGCUUCCUCCUCGGGGGGCUGCUUCCUCAGGAAGUUCUACACCAGCAGCAGCCGUGGAUCCCGCCUGGGAAACUGA